AUAGGUUAUAAUGUGGGAUAUGCUUACAUGAAAAUACUAUUUGCAUACGGUAGUCUGUCUUUCAUUUUGAAUUUAAACGCUCAUGUUUCGGAACUAAUAAUGUGAUAAUGAAAAAUACAGUAAAGAAUAAUAAAUAUUAGUCAGUAGACGGAACCACUCAAAGUGCUUAUGCUUUAGGAAAAUAAUUAGCAAAACAUAUCGAGUGUGACAAUGUCAAACAAUAUUGCGCAGAGAGUGCUUAUUUUAUGCAUCCUUACACAAUCGCUUAAUGCUGAGCGAAAACCGAACAUCGUUGUCUUUAUAGCAGAUGAUUUAGGAUACGCUGAUCUCGGUUGCUAUGGCAACACAACACUUAGGACCCCUAAUAUCGACAGUUUGGCGCGUGAUGGCGUGCGUCUGACGCAUCAAGUAGCAACAGCAAGCGUCUGUACACCAAGCAGAGCGGCGCUGCUCACUGGAAGGCAUCAGAUGAGGUCGGGGUUGGCGCCGUCGACGAAUAUUCGAAUCAAUUUCUGGGUUGCGUCGCGAGGCGGGUUGCCGCCUUCAGAGAUUACAUUUGCAGAGCUUACCGAACAGGCUGGCUACAGAAAUGCUCUUAUAGGUAAAUGGCAUCUUGGCAAUCACAGAGACCGUCCAGGAGAUCACGCCCACCAUCCCCUUUCUCAGGGCUUUCACUACUUUUAUGGACUACUUGGGACCAACUUCGAUGACUUCGCAAACGACGGCUCCAAAGUCGUCCUUAAGCAGAGGCCAUACUUCAAUAUUCAAAUAUUGGCCUCGUGGCUGUCUAUUGUGGCAUGCCUGAUUUAUGCGUACAGAGCGAAAUACAUUGGCGUGUUUUUGUUCGCGGUGUUGGUCUUUUCUCUAACCGCCAUCUGCUGGUAUCCGUACUACAUAAUGAAUAACCUAUAUUUUCUUAACAGCAUGCUUCAUAGAAACCAUGACAUUGUAGAACAACCCGCAGAGCUGGUCGGUCUUAGCAAACGACUCGUGCACGAGGGGUUGGAGUUCAUCACGAAUUCCACCGGCGCUGACUCGCCGUUCUUGCUCGUGAUGUCAUUUGUGCACGUGCACACGGUAUUGCGCGUGUCGCGUGACUGGGAUGGCUCAUCAGCGCACGGGAUUUUCGGGGACGCCGUACAGGAAAUGGACUGGUCCGUUGGGCAGAUACUAGAUGCUUUGGACUCGUCCGGUCAACGGGAUAAUACACUCGUAUACUUUACCUCCGACCAUGGGGCUCAUAAAGAGCUUGGUGUCCAUGGCGGAUGUAAUGGCGUAUUUAAAGGUGGAAAGGCGCAUGGAGCACCGGAAGGCGGCAUAAGAGUACCGGGGAUCUUCCGAUGGCCGGCCGUACUUCCGGCCGGGCGGACGGUUGAUGCACCGGUGUCCCUGAUGGACUUGUUUCCCCUGGUAGCUAAGGCUGCUGGAAUAGCCCUCCCUGAUGACCGUGUCAUUGAUGGACAUGAUAUACUUCCGCUAUUAAAGGGAGAGAGUGACGUCACACCCCACGAGUUUAUGUUCCAUUAUUGUGGGUCGAUACUUGCUGCUGUCAGAUAUAUACCUAAAACAGGUGGGCGUGUCUGGAAACAAGUGAGCCACGUGCCGAACUAUUUUCCAGGGACCGAUGUCUGUCGAUUUGGGUGCCGGUGUGAUGACCUUAUUCUCCAAGAUCCGCCCCUUAUUUACGACGUCAUAUCCGACCCAUCGGAAUCACACCCCAUUGACUCCCUUUCUAAGGAAUAUGCCGAUAUAAGUAAAAAAGUCGAGGCCGCAGUUAAAAUUCAUAAGGCUUCGUUAGAACCUGUAGAAAGCAUGUUCUCUUAUACAAAUGUAUUAUGGAGAUACCCUUACCAAGAGUGUUGUAAUGGAACAUUUCCGUUUAAUUGCCAAUGUUCUGAUAGUAAAUAUCCAAGUGAGUUUUAUAUAUGACAUGUCCAUACUUUUUCCAUUUAAUUGCUAAUAUUCAGAUUGUAAAUUUCCAAAUGAGUUUUAUGGAGGACAUGUCCAUACUAUUUCCGUUUAAAUGCCAAUGCUCAAAGAGUAAAUAUUCAAGUAAGUUUUAUGUAUGACAUGACUACACUAUUUCCAUUUUAAUGCCAAUUUUCAGAUAGCAAAUAUCCAAAUGAGCUGCACGUAUGACAUUUCUAUACUAUUUCCUUUUGAUAAAAAACAUACAAAUGAAUUUUAUGUAUGACAUAACUAUACUAUUUCCUUUUGAUAAGCAUAAAAAUAAGUUGUAUGUAUGAUAUGUAUGUAUGAUAUUACUAUACUAUUUUCUUUUGAUAGAAAACAUACAAAUGAGUUUUAUGCAUGACAUUACUAUACUAUUUCCUUUUGAUAGAAAACAUACAAAUGAGUUUUAUGUAUGACAUUGCUAUACUAUUUCCUUUUAAUACGGAACAUAUUAAUGAGUUUUAUGUAUGACAUUACUAUUUCCGUGUAAGUGGCAAUUUUCAGAUUAUAAAUAUCAAUAAAGUUUAUGUAUGACAUUACUAUAUAAUUUUCUUUUAAAUGUCAAUAUUCAGAUUGUAUAUAUUCAAAUGAACUAUAUGUUUGACUUUUUUAUAUUUGUAAAUAUCAAUAAAGUUUAUGUAUGACAUUA